AUGUUUCUGAGACUGGAAGUGCUGGAAUGGGCUUACAGCAGUCACAUGCACCUAUUUCUAAUGAGUGAGGUUGUCAUCAAUACUGAGAGCUUAUUGGAGCAGGGAGAUGAACAAGAUAGCUCACGGACUUUUGUUCCUGUUUCCGCUGAUGAUUCUAGCCUUAUAAUCAUGUUUGACUCCAGCAAUGUUUCAGAUGAUACUCUUGAAGAAGAACGCCCGAAUCAGAGAUUGAGGAUUGAAGCUGAAAAUUUACCAUUUGAUGCUUAUCCUGCUGAUAACGUGGCUGGUGACUCUGAAAAUGAGAUGUUGAAUUCUAUGAUUGGAAUCCACCAUACUGAUCAGGAAGAUCAAUCUGCUAUUGUCGCUUCUGAUCAGACACUAGAAGCUCCUCCAAUGGAUUUGGAUGCUGCGAACACAAAUCUGAAUGGCCGCUCUCGUUUGUCAGUGGCUUCUUUCUUGCCUCAAAGCAUCAGUGCUUUGAUAUUGCCAGAGGCUUUUGCUGCCACCAUAGAGGAUCUGAUCAAUUCUAUCCCUGCUGAGGAUUUGCAAGCUGCAUCCAGCGAGAUAGCAUUUAUGGUUAACCAGCAAUCCGAGGGGAGUUCAGAAGAUGCUAAUGGUGAUAACACUGAGAAUUUGAUUGUAGGUUUGCAAAAUGAGGACUUGACCAAUGAAAGCAGUAUCAUACCUAGUGAUAGGACUGGCAUUACAGAGACUGGUGUAGCAAUUGGAUCCCGUCAAAGCACCUCGCACCUCAAUCAUCAUCAACGAGGGCAUACUCCUAGUAACACCCAAUCAGAAGCCCCUGCUGGUAGCUUUAGCUCUUUAUCCAAUCAGAAUCAGAUGAACCAAAUCGAGAGAGACCAGCGAUCUCAUUCUAAUGUUGAUCCCCAACCAUUCUAUGGUUUAGCUGGUUUCUUGGAUCGGGACAGCGACGAUGAUGAAGAAACUGAUUUUCCCCCAUUGAUGCAAGCCUCUUGGCAGGGCCGUGCAAGAGGAGCUUAUGGAAUCAGCGAGUUACAAUUUCUCUUCGGCCAAGAUUAUGUGCGCAGGCGAGGUUCAUUUCGGUCUGAGAGUUCCCGCUACUAUGACCGCCAUAGAGACAUGCGGCUUGAUGUCGACAACAUGUCAUAUGAGGAAUUACUGGCGCUUGAAGAACGAAUCGGUGUCGUGAGCACUGGACUCAAUGAACAAGAGAAGUCAAAAUGUAUGAAGCUUUGGACAUUUGCAUGCGCUCCAUCACCAGAAAAAGAGCCGGAACCAUGCUGUAUUUGCCAAGAAGAAUUCAUUGAUGGCGCAGAAAUGGGGUCUCUGAUAUGCGGCCAUAAUUUUCACGCCGAGUGUAUAAAGAAAUGGCUGGAUGACAAAAAAAUAUGUCCAUAUUGUCGGGGAAUCUGCUGUCGAUGAGAAAUCGCAGCCGUAGAUAUGAGUCAGUAAAGUAGAAAGUUAGAAACAAAAAAAUCCCCAUGGAAUAGAUACAUCGAAAAUACGUGUUCUAUACUAUUAAAUUGACUUGGAACUAUUUGGAUUGGUUCGGCAUCUAGUUGAACAUUGGUAGUCAUUUAGCUUUAACCUUGCUGAAGUAUAUAUAUAUAUAUAUGUUUUAAA